AUGUCCAAGCCUUCACCAGUCAUCACCCGUUCGGGCUCUUCAACUUCCACUACUUCUAAGAAAUCCACGUCGAACGAUGACAUCUUAAAAGCUAUUGAUCGUAUCCAAUCAUCUCAAGAUAAAUUAUUGGCUGGCCACAAAUCCUUAGGUACUGAUCUCAAAACGAGUAUCAACGCUCUUACUUCACGAUUUGAUUCUCUCUCACUCGAAAUUUCUGAGCUCCGUACUAAAGUCGACCUCUUAGAAUCUAAGGUUCUAGCUCUAGAGUCAAACACACCAAAUUCAUCAACUGUCCCAUCCACCCAAAUUUCAGAUGUCUUACAGGAAUUUACCGAGCGGGAUCGAUGCAAGCUCAAUAUUAUUAUGCAUGGUCUACCUGAAUCCACAUCGAGCGAUCUCCCUACUAAAAUAAACGACGAUAAAUUCACUGUACGCGAUAUAUUUUCUAAACUCUCUGUCGAUGAACACACUGAUUUCAAAUCGUUUCGUCUUGGUAAACCUACCACAAUCUCAACUCGACCUCUAAAAGUUAUCUUUGGCUCCUGUGAAGCUGCUUCUUCUGUUCUUACGUCCUAUCGUCAAGCUAAAAUCCAAAAAUUGUCCCUUCUACCACUCACCAGCAUUGUACGUGACAAAACUUUACUAGAACGUCAACAACUUCGUUCCUGUCACCUUGAGUUAGAUCGUCGUGUAGCUGCGGGUGAACACAACCUAACCAUCACGUUCAAAAACGGUUCUCCGUGCGUAAUUUCCCGUUCAAAAAACGACAACCGAGUUCUUCAUCGCCCUCAUGUAUAA